AAUUUCUCUCACUCUGUUUUUUCUUAUUUUGUUUUUGUCUUUAGUGUCUUUUGUAUUUUUCUUCUUUCAAUUUUCCUUAUUGUCCAAAGAUUUUGUAGCUGUUUGAUUUUUCAACUAAGCUAAUCUCUCAUACCAGACAUCCUCCCUCCCUUGCACUUUUCUUUCCCUGCCAGAGAUGUGGUUGCCAUGACAACUGCUGAGUCACUGUUCACCCAGUCUCCAUCCUCCCUCUAAUGUCAUUUCCUCAUGAAGCAUAUAGGCCUGAAUUAGAACACAGUUGUAGCGUAGCAAAUUUACUGCUGUAUGUUUUGUUUUGUUUUUCCUGAAGAGGUGAGCUGCAGUCAUUCUAAUGGGUAACGUACCUACUACAGUAAAGCACUGCUUGAGCUAUAAGCAAAUUAUCGAGGACUACCCUUGGUUGAAAAGCUGGCUAGAGGAAGAGAAGAUCAUUACCGAACAUGAGUAUCCAGACUUUGUGAAAAUUGUUGAAGUUGGUCCAAGGGAUGGACUUCAAAAUGAAAAGGAAAAUGUACCAACAAGGGUAAAAAUCCAGCUGAUCGACAUGCUUUCAACAACAGGCCUUUCUGUGAUUGAGGCCACAAGCUUUGUCUCUUCAAAGUGGGUACCGCAGAUGGCAGACCACACAGAUGUCCUCAGAGGAAUCCAGAGAGCACCUCAUGUUAGAUACCCUGUUUUGACUCCAAACAUGCAAGGUUUUCAGGAUGCUGUUUCAGCUGGUGCCACUGAAGUAGCUGUGUUCGGCUCUGCAUCUGAAACCUUCAGCAGAAAAAAUAUCAACUGUUCCAUUGCUGAAAGCAUGUUGCGGUUUGAGGAGGUCAUUAGUGCUGCCAAAGAUCGACAAAUCCCUGUUCGUGGAUACGUUUCUUGUGCCCUCGGGUGCCCCUAUGAGGGAAACAUUGAUCCCUCAAAGGUUGCUGAGGUAGCAAAAGGGUUAUAUGAAAUGGGUUGUUAUGAGAUUUCGUUGGGAGAUACUAUUGGCGUUGGUACACCUGGCUCCAUGUUCAAGAUGCUGCAGAAGGUGAUGAAAGAUGUGCCAAUUAAAUCUCUUGCAGUUCACUGCCAUGACACCUAUGGUCAAGCACUUCCCAACAUUCUUACUGCUCUUCAGAUGGGAGUCUCAGUGGUGGAUUCAGCAGUGGCAGGCCUUGGUGGAUGCCCCUAUGCACAGGGUUCAUCUGGCAAUGUUUCAACAGAGGAUGUUCUUUACAUGCUCCAUGGCAUGGGCAUUGAAACUGGAGUGAACCUUGACAGAGUCAUAGAAGCUGGUGACUUUAUAUGCAACGCUUUAGAUCGCAGAACAAACUCCAAGGUGGCUCAGGCAAGAAGCAGGACACUUUGAGGAUGCCAUACUAGCUAAUGAGUUAAAACUGUUACUUUCUAAAGUUCUUUUUCUGAAAUCCAUCUAUUUGGAAUGGAGGUUUUCUUGCUUUUUAAUCUAAAAAGAUCACCAAGCACCCACUGUAAGUUUACUUUUUGAAUUGAAUCUGAAUUUCUGAAUUUAAUUGAAUACCUGGUCGUUUAUUUAUUCCUUAUUUAUCACAGUUCCGUAACCAGUGGGAAAGUGAUUUAAUUGAAGUAAUACCUCAUUACAUCUAAAAUAUGUAUUUCUUUCCUGAGUUGUUAAUAAAAAUACUAUAAUUUAUAAUAUUUUUUUUCAACUUUUUCUGUUGUAUUUAUAAGGUAGAUACACACAGAAUGGCUGUAUGCACUUAUUGGGCCUUUAUAAUUGGAAAAUAAAAAGAAUUUUCAGAUAGCAGGCACCCUGAACAGGUAGCAAUCCCCACCUAGGAUGACAAAGACUAAUUAAAAAAACAAAUAAAAAAAUUUCAACUUUGUUUAACUGCAGGAGAAAGCCAGUUUCAAGAGAACUACUAAAUGCACCAUAAAAACUUCUUACAAGGCAACAGUGCUACCUGUUACUUGUGCCCAGAAUUGUAAUACUUUAGGUUCAUAUUGUCCAAAGAUUGAUAGGGGUGCCUUCUGUACAUUUUAAACUGUCCUCUGGACCAAUUUGUC